UCAGAUCUUCUACCUAAUGGGGAAACUGAAAAAGGAAAGCUUUUAGAGAAGAAAAGAUAAUGUUCCAUGCAUACACAAAGCUGAAUUCCCAAGGGAAAGACUUACCCUUUCGUUGAAGUUCCUAGCUGGUCUUCAAUUCCAUUUGCAAAAGGGCCUGUCCAUGCUUCUAAAGAAGAUCAGAUACAUACACGUAGACGCUCAUCUGCUUGGGCCUCUGUGUUUGUCUGUCCCUUGUUAAAUGGCUGAGCAGGAGAGCCUGAGUUGCUUUCUCAUUCUGAUCGUUCUGGUCUCCUUUUCGUCCGUGAGCGCCGAUAACACGGAGUAUGUGUCGGCGGUUGGUGACCCGGGAAUGAGGCGAGACGCGCUGAGGCUGGGAAUAGAAUCGUGGAACCAAUGCAACGAGGUUGGCGAGGAAGCUCCUCACAUGGGAAGCCCAAGAGCUGCUGAUUGCUUCGACAUUUACCGAGCCGUUCCUAGUAGAGAUGAAAAGAAUUGCUCCUUGUGCAAAUUGCUGCCCUACAUACUGGUCCACAGGGUCACGGAGGUAGACAACAGGCUCGGAGUGGGAGACCCUUUCCCGGGACUCCACGCCGAAGCCCUGUUAAACACGGACCUCUACGCCGCGCUGAAGGAGCUCUACUUGGGCGCGAAAUGCCAGGUCGAGGACAUCCCGAAACCGUGGCAGUUCUGGAUGAUCAUGCUCAAGAACGGCAACAUGGACACGUUCGCCUCCAGGUGCCCGAAAAACGGCCACAAGGUCGGGCCCUUCGGCCCCAACGCUGCCUUCCCUUGCUUCGGCAAGGGAUGCAUGAACCAGCCGCUGAUGUACCAUGACUACACAACUUUGCAAGGCCCUAAUUUGACUACUCUUAAGGGAAGGUUUCAUGGGUCAUGGGACUUGGAUGGUGUUUUCAGUGGCAUUGGCAAUGACAAUUCUUAUUAUUCUGUGACUUGGGAGAAGGAAAUUGGGAAGGGCAAGAGCUGGGUGUUCCAUCAUGUCUUGAGGACUUCAAAGAAGUAUCCAUGGCUGAUGCUUUACCUGAGAUCAGAUGCCACCAGGGGGAUCUCUGGUGGGUAUCACUACCCCACCAGGGGAAUGUCCAAAAUUAUUCCAGAGUCACCAAACUUCAAAGUAAGGUUCACUCUGAAUGUGCUCCAAGGUGGGGGUCCAAACAGCCAAUUCUACCUAAUCGACAUCGGAAGCUGUUGGAAGAACAAUGGCCAGCCAUGCAAUGGGGACGUGACCUCAGAUGUCACCAGGUACAGCGAAAUGAUCCUGAACCCCAACACCAGGGCCUGGUGCCACCCGGACAAACUCGAUGUGUGUCCCCUUUACCACACCUUCCAGAACGGGACCCAGGUCCACCGCAAUGACACUGCCCGGUUCCCCUAUGCCGCAUACCACCUGCACUGCUCACCAGGGAACGCCGAGCACCUUGAGGAGCCCUACAGCUUGUGCGACCCUUACAGUAACCCACAGGCCCAGGAGAUCCUGCAGAUUCUGCCACACCCCGUGUGGGGUGAGUACGGGUACCCGACGAGGCAAGGGGAGGGUUGGAUUGGAGACCCUAGGACAUGGGAAUUGGAUGUUGGGAGGUUGUCUCACUCACUCUACUUUUACCAGGAUCCAGGGACACCAAGUGCUAGGAGGCAAUGGGCGUCUAUAGAUUUGGGGACUGAAAUAUUCAAAGAUCCUGAUCAGGUUGCUGAAUGGACCGUUAGUGAUUUUGACAUUCUUGUGCCCAAGAAGGUGGUCAGUACCUAGUUCGCAUUUUCUUUCCUUUUUCUUCUUUUUGAGAGUGAGAAAAAUUGAAGGGAACAGAGAGAGUUUCGGCCCAAAGGGUUGUACAACAUUGAGGAAAAUUAGAGCAAACCAAAGAAACACCGAACUUGCAAAUGAGUUCUGCUUCUCUCCUUUUCCACUGAAGCAACAGCAAUUGCAGGACUCUUUCCGAGCAUCAAACUCGGUUUCU